AAAAGAGAAUCGCGCUUGACACCGUACGCGGCGACGUUGCUGAAACCAUAUAAUCAUUUAAAAAGAAAAAAAAAGAAAAAGAUAAUUCAGUGUCCUAUAUUUAAAAGAUGAUAAGAAAUCAAGAGCUGCACGAGUUAUACCAGGCUGUAAUAUCACACAGGCAGUGCUUCCAUUCGACUUAUCUUGUACUAACAAAGAUACGAGAUAUUAAGUAACAAUGCAGUAAUUGAAUUGAGUAUGUAAUAUGUAAUCAGCAUAAGCUGCCUGAAUAACAGAUGAAAUAAACAACAAUGAGCACUGUCGACAUAUUAAAAGUACUGGAGGCUGUCGAAUUUCAUUUAGAAUCAACAGAAAUCAAAUCUGCUCUUAAUAAAUGUUCAGUUGAUGUGUUAAACUCAUGGAAAGAUUCUUAUUCCUUUAACUUACUGCACCAUAGCAUUCUAAAAAACAACUUGAUUGCAGUAACACUUCUGUUUAAUCGUGGUUGCUUUAAACCUCCACAUGAACCAGAAUCAUGGCCAUAUCUACAUUUAGUUGCUGUGUUAGGCCACUCAUCACUAAUAUCCACAAUUGUUCAGGAAACAGGGUACCAUAACAGUUUGUUAUCUUUAGACUGGGAAGCAUUUGAGAAAAUCAUUUCUAAAAAAAUAAAAAAUGAAACUGUGUGUUUAGAAGAUGCAGAUAAAAUAAGUAUGUGGACACCAGUUGACUUAGCAGCAAAGUUUGGACAUAAAGACUGUGUAGAAUUGUUUCUAGACUUUUGGCAACUUCAAAGAUCAAACACUAGCUCCCAUAAACUGAAGAAUAAUGCAUCAUCAACUUAUUUGUUGCUAGCGUGUAGAGUUAAUUCACCUCAAGCUCUGAGACUCCUAAUGAAAGAAAGUUCUUCAAAAAAAGAAGCUCUUGAAUGUGCCAUACGUAUGCUUGCUUCAGAGUGUGUUGAUGAGGUUUUAAAGAACAUUACAGGCUCAGAAAUAAAAAAUGUUUUUCAAGGAAUGAAUUUAUUUCAUGUGCUUUACUCAUACAGUUGUUGCCUCUCUUUGAAGCAAUAUGAAUCCAUGGUUAAAAUUACUUCUACUCUUAUAAAAAAUGGCUAUAAUGUUAAUGCGAAAAGCCCGUCUAGAACUUUCCCCCUAUACAGCCUUCUCUGUCACCCUAUUACAGGUAUUGCAUUAGAAGAAUGUUCUCCAUAUUUAAUUGACUGCUUGUUUCAACUUCUUCAGGCAGGGGCUAAUCCAAAUAUGGAUGAAAUCUUUUUUGAGGAUACAGUUGAAGAUGUUGAGCGCAAUGCAGCUUUUGGGAGACAACCUUACUCAUCUGCCCUUAAUUGCAUUUUAAGUAAUUUGCCAGUAUUAAAAUCAAACGAAUCCAAAACCUUUUCCUUAAACAGCCCAGUUGAAAAAUAUGGGUUGUCUUGUAUAGAAUUACUUUUAAAACAUGGAUCAAGUUGUGGAAACUCUAACCAGUUUCAAAGUAAUCCCAAUGAUUGCUUUACUGCAUCUAAGUUAUACCAUUGUGGCUCUGCUUUACAUCUGUUAGUAUCUACAAGGCCAAUGGGUGCUAUAAGUUUUUCCAUUGUUCAACAGCUCUUACAUUAUGGGACUGAUGCAGAUUUACUAGGCACAUGGCAUAUGCCAGGAGUAUCCACACCUUUGACUUAUGCAUUAAAUAUUCUUCCAUUUUCCCUAUGGUCACUGCCUCUUCCUAAUACCCCAUCUGAGUUAAAAAACAAUAUUUUAAAUGACAAUGACUUUAAAUUAUUCAAAUACAUUUCACAAUGUAUGUCUGAAAGCAGUCUUAUCAAAGCUUAUAAAGAAUUUCAAAUAAAUAUUGCAAAACUGAAAAAUCUAGCAAAACAAAACAAUACUUUGGACACGCUGCAAAAAAUUCACUUGGAUGAAAGCCCAAUGUAUGUGAAAAUUUGUAAAGUGUUUGAAAAAUCUACUCAUACAGCCUGGCUCUUGCAACGCUGUUGUGCUCAUUCCAUAUGGAGGGCUUGUGGCAUGCAUAUAAAUAAUGUGCAGUUAUUGCCUAUUCCACUGCCUUUAAAAAAUAUUAUUAUAACAUUUCACUGAAAAGAUAUUACCUUGUUUAAAUUUGCUUGACAUGUUUUUUGCUGACACAAUUUUUUAUAUUUUUUUCUGACUUACAAAAAGAAAGUGAUAAGGCAAAUGGUGUGAGGUGUUGCAUUAAACAAGAAUUUAAUUAAUUUGUCAAAUUUUGAAUGAGAAGUAAUGUAUAUUUUCAGUUAUUUUUAUCAAAUAAAAAGAAGCAUACUGGUACAUAUUUUAAGAACAUAGUUUAAUGGUUUUGUAUA